CAUCAAAGAAUCUUUUAUCAUGAAAUGGUAUUAAGCCCCACUUCAUCCACUCUGUGCUGAGUUAUAAACACUCGCCAAAGAUUUACGCUAAAAGGAAAACCUAGCAUUACAAAACGACGUUCAAAAACUCGACAAUUUGUACAUUUCUGCUUCUUCGUAUGUGAUUAUAUAGAAAUUUCGAACAGUUGGGAACUUCAAAAACUGUUAUAUGAUUCGGAUUUCUUGUUUGAGCAGACGGUGUGAUCCUUACGCAUCAAGUAGCAAUAAAAUUCUCCAUCGUGUUUGUAUGGUAAACAACUAAGGCAAACUUUCGACGUUAUUUUGUGAGAAACGCCGGAAAAGGCGUGUUAAGUGAUAGUUCGUCAGCUUGGAGUGAACUGGAGAUUUGCCACGAUGUCGCGAAGCAGUAUAUCACCCCUGGUCGAGAACGAAGCCAAGAACGAAUUUGCCAACGCGUGGACGAAUGGAACAGCGCCCCCUAUGACGCCCCAACGUAAAGAGCUCGUUGAACUACCACCCCUGAAACAAUCAAAUGGAACACCAGUAAAUGGUACUCCACUGGUUAAGCGGCAUAUCGUACCUCCAAAGGCCAUGGAGACCACAGUGUCUUUGGAGAUAGAGGAGAAUGAAAAAGGGAUGAGCUCAUUGGACUACAGGAAAGACAUCGACAUGGAGUUCUAUGUUCUUCUUGGACCUCUCAUCAAGUGCAUGUCAUUCUUCGGACUAUGGCAUGGUUAUGUUGUUGACCCAGUGCACAAUCCGCCACCUAAGACGACUUUCAAGAGGAUCUUUAACCAGAAGAACUACUGUAUCUUUGCCCAGGUGCUCCUGUGGUUUAACACUCUUAGGUACGCUCCGGCAUUCUUUGUUGGAUCCUACAUCGAUCCGAUCAAGCUUGUCCCAAAGGUCAUUUUCUCUAUCUUCACACUGCAGUGCGCCCUCAACUCCUCCGUCUUCUUCUACUGUUUGUCCAAAAAGGACAAAGUGUCCAUCUUCUUUCACCACUUCGAGUUGGCUAUCCAGAGCAACCCUACAACGGCGGUGGAUAAGAGGUGGUUGAAGCGAGCCAGUUGGGCAUGCACCGUGGUCGCCAUCAUCUUCAUGGUCGUCCACUGUCUCAACCAGGCUGCCAACGCCUAUCUCCCAAUCGAGACCUUUCGCAACAACAGCCUGGUUUUCAUCGCCCCCAUGUACUACAGCGCUCCACUACACGCCUUCUUCGGCAUCAUCUACCUCUACAACUUCGCCGCUUGGAUCUUCCCUCUUCUCUUCUUCGUGCUCAUCUGCAUCAUCCUCUCGCGCCAGUUCGUCAAACUUGAUCAACGCCUCGAGAGGUCCCUCCGCAAGGCCCGAAUCGACGGGUGCUUCCCGAAGGAUUUCGAGGUUCUCCGAAGACAGCACGAAGCGCUUGCUACUGCGUUGGACACAUCCAAUGAUGGUCUCUUUACCUAUGUGAACCUGGUGACCUACGCGACUAUGGCUCCACUAGCGGUGUUCUUACUUUACCGGAUCAUCACCUCACCGUCCUAUCAACUUGGUCUCUCUGGAUGGUUCUUCUACUGGACUUGGAUGAUCAAUAUCUUUAUCAAUGUCAUCAUCGUGUCAUGGUUUGCUGCUAUUACAAGUACUAAGGCCCACGAUCCAAGGGAAAGACUCUUCUUGGUUAACCUGUGGAAUAUCACCAACGAGGAAAUUAUGCAGAUGAAUGUAUUCCUGAACAGAGUAAGCGGGGAUCCUAUGGGAUACACGAUAUUUGAUCUUGUUACCAUUACAAAACCUUUCAUAUUAACGAUUGGUGGUCUCCUCCUUACUUUCUACGCCAUCAUCUCCGAGUUCAAUGCAUGAAAAGGAAAAUGGUAUUCACUUCACUUUGAACGGUUUUGUACUUCAUUUAGAGCACUUUCCACUUCACCUCGAGUUGUUUUCACGCCAUUUAAAGUGGAUUUCAGGCGUUUGAGCGUCGGCCAUUCAUUCCUACAUGUACUAGGUCACUACAUCGACACCAAAUUAAUAUAUUUGGAGUGAAAUUUCGCUACUUCAAUCUCCUCUAUUUCCUCCAGAGUUAAAUUGGUGAAACCGGAGGAGGAGGCUCAGUCCUCUGAUCUUAAAUGUGAUGAAGAACAAUAAGGAAAAAAACACAGACAAAUAUGGAGAAGAAAAGACAUAAAUGACGUUAAAAAAUUAUAUGGAAAAGAGAUCAUCUUUCAAGUGACUUGAAUAAUUCUUAAAUGUUUUAACCUAAAACUAAAUGGAAUUCGUUUAUCGGUCACCCCUACUGCUCCCUCACCCACUCACCCACAAACAGGCGUGUUUCAUUUCACUUCCCGCCAAAAAUCGAAACACAAUCAAACUCAUAUUUAAUGCUGCGAAAUUGAUACCAAGGGCUGAUUGAGUCUAGCCGUUAUUGAUUCUAAACCCCGUUAUCUGUAUUAGUAAAUAACUCCUCUAAAACAGUGUUUGAUAUAAGGGAAAGUCGUUGAAUUGACGCUUAAUCGGUACUCGGACCCCGUGAAGAGCCUCGUCAUGACUGUAUAAGUCGCUAAUAUUCUGGUUCUGAGUUGGUUUAAAGUACGGAUUUAAUUUGUCUACUAUCGAGCGAGAGAGUAAUCAUCAAUGUAACAUUACUUUAGGGGAAAAAGGAAAGAGCUCACGCGUACAUAUCUGCUAACUUGGUAAAGCCCUGAUGCAUUAUUUAGUGGUGAUAUUAAAUGGAAACCGAAAGACCCAAAGGAGGUGUAGGGUUUUUCAGGCAUUAAUCUACCGAAGAUCUAGUGGGCUAUCAUGGAAAAUAAAUUUCAAAAUGAUCACUCUUAGGCAAAGUUAACAUAAUAAGGUGGCAUUUAAACCAUCAAUUAAAAUAUGCCUAAUGAUAUGAUUAUGAUAAUCUUCGAUGCAAUAGUCGCAAUUAGCCAGUGAUUCACAAUAAAACAAUGCAAUAUUUAUAUGCAGUAAAGAAAUAAUAUUUGGCUCCCACCGGCAAACAUUCCUUGCUCUCUUUUUAUUCGAUGUUCAAGAUGCUGCUG